AGAGGUGCUGCACUCAUCCAAAGUUAUUAGUCUAUAUGGAUUCCUCACUUGGGAAGGUACAUCGUAUUUUGCCAAGACAAUGGAACAGAGAAGCGAGUCUGUAAUGAAUUCCCAGAAUUAAAUGACACAAUCAUGGAUAUGGACUCUGAAGGCCUGGCCAACUUCUCCUCUUUGCAAAACCGGACGACGGCUUUCGGGAGCUGUUCGGAUGAAAGGCUCGCAUUUGAGAAGUUCUAUAUCCCCAUAAUUUACAGCAUUCUCUUUCUGGUGUGCUUCCCCGGGAACAUCAUUGUCAUCUUUGUAUAUAUCUUCAAAAUGAGGCCCUGGAAAAACAGUACUAUCAUUAUGCUGAACUUGGCCAUCACGGACUUGUUGUACGUGUCUUGCCUUCCGUUCUUGAUACACUACUCCAUCAAUGGAGACCACUGGGUCUUCGGGGGAUUCAUGUGCACGUUCAUCCGCUUCACCUUCUACUUCAACACCUACAGCAGCAUCCUCUUCCUGACCUGCUUCAGCCUCUUCCGCUUUUUCGUCGUCGUCUACCCGAUGAGUUGCUUCUCCAUUCAGAAACGGAGAUGGGCCCUCAUGGCCUCUGCUUCAGUCUGGGUCGUCUCCCUGUUGAUGGUCAGCCCGAUGAUCCACUUUAUCACUGUAAAAGAAAGGGAGAACCAAUCCAUUUGCUUGGACCUGACCAAUUCGGAAGACCUGGACAGUAUACGGUUGUUCAACUGGCUCCUGACGACAUUUGCUUUCUUUUUGCCUUUAGUGCUUGUGACUCUUUGCUAUACUGUGAUUAUCUACAAGCUAGCUCAAGGGCCUCAUACUCACACGUCUUUCAAGCAAAAGGCUCGCACACUGGCCAUUGUCCUCCUGGCAGUCUUCUAUGUGUGUUUCUUGCCCUUUCACAUCUUUAGAGGGGUUCGCAUCGAGUUAAAGAUCCAUCCUGUAAGUUGCAAGAUCGAGCAGCAGAUCCGGGACGUUUUUACUGUGACAAAAUCCUUAGCAUCAUUAAACACCUUUGGGAACUUGAUAUUGUAUGUUGUGCUGGGAGAUAAUUUUCAGCACGCCAUUCUUUCUAUCUGUAAGCUGAACUUAAAGAUGACUAAAAAGUAGAGACGGAUUUAAAACGGUUAUUUGUCAAAGACCUGAAAUAAU